UCUGUUUUUGCAUGUGGUUGACUUGAUGAAUUUAUGUGUGGUGUGAUGUGAGUGUUGUGUGGGAAUUACAUAUACUUGAAAUGGCAACACCUUCUUCUUCUUCAGGGUCAAUGGGAGUUAAAGAUACAUGGAAGUCCCAUUUGGGCUUGGCGAUGGUGCAGCUAUUCUAUGGUGGCUACCAUGUCAUCACCAAAGUGGCCCUGAAUGAUGGGGUCAACCAACUUGUCUUCUGCUUCUACCGGGAUCUCCUUGCCUUCUGCAUUCUUGCUCCCAUCGCUUUCUUCAAAGAAAGACAAACAAGACCGCCUAUUGAUAAGAAGCUAUUGAUGUCAUUCUUCUUUCUUGGAUUAACAGGGAUAUUUGGCAACCAGCUCUUGUUUCUCAUUGGUUUAAGUUAUACAAAUCCAACUUAUGCUUCUGCUGUACAGCCAGCCAUUCCAGUUUUUACAUUUCUGUUUACCGUGAUAAUGGAUACAGAAAGCGUGAACUUGCUCAGAUGUGAAGGCCUGGCAAAGGUUGGAGGAACUGUUAUCUGUGUUUCAGGUGCCAUAUUGAUGGUUUUUUAUCGUGGUCCAGCAGUCAUAGGAUAUAGAGACGGGGGCCAUGAAACACAAAGUGAAAUCAGAGCCAGAGGUCAGACAGAGCCUUCUGGAUGGUUAAUCAGUGGUUUACAAGAUCUUGGAUUAGACCAUUUUAAACUUGGUGUCAUUUGCUUGAUAGGGAACACUUUGUGCAUGGCUGCUUUUCUAGCUUUUCAGGCACCAGUAUUAAAAAAGUAUCCUGCAAAUCUCUCUGUCACAACAUAUUCAUUCUUCUUUGGAGUUGUACUAAUGGUGAUAAUGUCGUUGUUCAUUACUGAUGGACCGAGUGAUUGGAUUUUGACACAAUCAGAAAUACUUGCCGUUAUUUAUGCUGGAACUAUUGCAUCUGCUCUUAAUUAUGGAAUCAUGACAUGGAGCAACAAGAUCUUAGGGCCAGCUUUGGUUGCUCUUUACAUGCCACUUCAACCUCUUUUUUCUUCUGUAAUGUCCCAGAUUUUCCUUGGAAGUCAAAUAUACAUGGGAAGUAUUAUAGGGGGAUCUUUUAUCAUUGCUGGUCUAUUUGUGGUUACUUGGGCCUCCUAUAGAGAAAGACAGGCAACUGCUGGAGUUACACCUGGUUCUUGGGUCUCUGAACCACUUCUUCAUGGAAAAAUUGCAGAUCAUAUAGACCACCUCUUUUCGGGGUCCUCUAGCGUAUCCCCGAACCCAAAGUCCUCAGAUUAACAUGUUUGGAUUCACUUUUAAGUUUGUGAGAAUCACACUUCUGCCUUCAUGAAAACUAGGCAUAAUAGCUUCUUUCAGAAUCACUUCUUUCCGAAUGAGGAAAUCCAUCGUGUUUCCAAGCACACCAUAGGAAAAUAAAUUACAGAAUGCCAACAAGGCUUUGUAAAUAUUGGUCUUGUGAUUCUUCAAUCUGUUAUUGCUAUCAUUUUAAUUGGAAACUCAAUACUUGAUGAAGUAUAUAUAUGUGGAGUGUUUGUUUGAGCAAAAACUUUUAUUAAAAUGCUUCAAGAAGUUAUAUGAAAGUAAUCAUUGAAUUCGA